CCUGCGUUAAAGUUAUCGUUCCACAACGUGUUGAAACCAAUCGAUAUAUUAUUACCUGCAACAGAUGUCCGACGCAGGUGUGGCAGUGUGGUAAUGCGGGUUGUGAGGGAGGAGGCGUUGGGCUAUUUUUUUUCUCUCUCUCAGCUUUUAUUUUCUUCUUUUUAACUCGGUAACGACGUACGCGACGAUUUCGUUACGCUUGAAACUAGCGAGUCACAAGCAGAGAUACGAGUUUUCAAUGACCAGUUGACGAUUGUAACAAAUUCGUCACGUUGUACUGAUUACGCUGGAGUGGUGGCAACACUCGAACUAGCGGUGUAGGCAAGGGUUUCUAAUGCUCGGUGGCCAGCGAUCGCCAAGUGCGUAAAAUUUCUCGGUGUUUUUGCCCCUCGUAACCAAAGCUACGUGUAUGUUUUAUGUUUUAUGAAAUUAUACCCUUUAGAUAGCACCAUGCCGAUGACAGUGGUAAAAGAAACAAAUCUGAAAUCCAUGAAAUAGGUGCAUUUUCCGGUGAGUUUUCAAGAGUAUCGAUUUCGCUGGUUUUGUCCUUUGACCUUAAAAUAAGGUCCUUAUCAACAGAUUUAGGAGCCACACCAAAGCUCGCUAAUCAAUAUGUCCAGUGGUCACGGAUUUCCACGGAGAAUAACGGUGGAGGAGCUUCUUGAGAUGGGAGACACACUUAGACAGAAAAUAGAGCGGAACGGGGUUUACUGUGCGCACCAGAUAGCCGGAGAGGCCAGAUAUGGCCGAAUGAGCCUAAAGGAUGAAAAGCUGUGCAUUCACCGCAUGGAGACCAGGCAGAUCCCUGAAGAUGUUUCCGUACUGAAUUACGAAGACGCAAAGACUCUUGUGGACCCGUCAUCCAGACUGACUUUCUUAGACCUGGGAACCAACGACACUACCCUAGGCCAACUCACCAUACGCCUCUCCCCCGACACCAAAGGUGCCCAGCAAUUCGCUCUGCUUUGCUCAGGUGAAAAGGGAAUAUCGUACGCAAACACGAAGUUAUUCCAGGUUCUCCACAGGGGGAAAAAAUGGGAGUACGUUGGAGGAGGAGACUACGAAUGCAACAACGGUGAUGGCGGGAAGGCGUUGCUGCCGGAUCUGGAACUGGGACCUGAGUACGAGAGGCCAUGGGUGGCAGGCACUGUGAGGGGAUUCUGGGGGCUAACGUCUACCGUCAGUGCCCAGUUUUUCAUCUGUACCAGAGAUCAUUUGGUUGGUGUGUGCAGUCCAGCUUUCGGAAUUGCAGAAGAAGGGUUGGAUGUGCUGAGAAACGCUGUUCGGUUGUACCCUGAUAUUACGCAAGUCUACGUUCAAGACUGUGGAAUCAUCCUGAGUACUUAGCUAAUUUUUAUUUUUUAACAUAUAUUUUCAUAGAGUAACAUUUUUCUAGCAUGUCAUAGGUAAACAACAUCCAUGCCAGUAGAAUAAUGAGUACUUUUAAAGUGUUUUCUCAUUCCCAUAUAAUCGCACGCCUUUUGUACCAACUUUGAUAUUUAUUUA